AGUGACAUUCCCGCCAAAUGUAGUUUUGGAGUUGCCUGUAAUUUUUUUAUUGUUUCGUUUCUUUAAUUUAACCAACAUUUUAAUUUAAUUCUUAACGAAUUCGCCCAAUAUGAAGUGUACAAUCCCUGAAAUUUCAUGGCAUAAUAGAGAACCUGUGUUAAGUGUUGAUAUACACCCAAUUUCCACGGAUUUUUAUAGGUUAGCGACUGGCGGUGGAGAUUGUCAUGUAUUAAUAUGGCAACUGAAUUUAACAGAAGAAGGAGCUGUCAAAGUAGAAAAUAUCUCAGAUUUGACCAGGCAUCAAAGGGCUGUAAAUGCAGUACGAUGGUCACCCACUGGACAAUAUCUGGUAUCUGCUGAUGAUGAUGCCAAUAUAAUUAUAUGGCAAUUAAAAACAGAUAAUAUUCCUUUAUUAGAGGGGGACACAAAUGAUAAGGAAACCUGGAUUACGCAUAAAAUAUUAAGGGGACACAAAGAAGAUAUAUAUGAUAUUUGCUGGUCUGUUGAUGGUUUAAAGUUACUGUCAGGGUCUGUAGAUAAUACAGCAAUACUAUGGGAUGUAACAAAAGGCAAAAUGGAACAUAUUCUCUCAGAUCACAAGGGUUUUGUACAGGGUGUAGCUUGGGAUCCUAAAAAUCAAUUUAUUGCAACAAUAAGCACAGACAGAAUUUGCAGAAUUUUUGAUACAACAGGAAAGCAAGUAAAAGCCAGAAUACUUAAGGGGAAAUUGCCGGUUUCUAAUGAACAUUAUCUACAUAAUAAAGAAGUAAAAUAUUUUCAUGAUGAUACUUUCAAAUCAUUUUAUAGAAGAUUACAAUUUUCCCCUGAUGGGUCCAUAUUAAUUUGUCCAUCAGGGCAUGUAGAGGCUGAUGAUUGCAAGAAAAUACUGAGUGGAACAAUGAUUUUUACAAUGGAUAAUUGGAAUAGCCCGGCAGCCAUUCUACCAUUGAAAAAGCAAUGCAGCACCGUAAUAAGAUGUUCUCCAGUUCUCUUUGAGUUGCAUGAGAAAGGUCCUGAGCCAUACAUCAAGCUUCCCUAUCGCAUCAUAAUCGCCGUAGCAACCGAUCACGACGUAAUCCUUUAUGAUACGCAGCAGCACGCGCCAUUUGCUUGGCUCCAACAAAUCCACUACACCCGGUUAACGGAUUUGUCCUGGUCACCGGAUGGACAACUACUGACCGCUUGCAGUACCGAUGGAUUUUGCGCCUUGAUCACCUUCGAGCACGGCGAGUUAGGCACUCCUUACACUGAGAAAGAAUGCAUAGAGGAAAAUACUUUAAAUGUUAGUGGCGUGGAGGAGCUGGAGGAGGAUGAAAACGUCGAUAUAUCCAAUAAAGAUAAACCCGUAGAAAAUACUGAAAAAGAAGCUGACAAGUGCAAGAAAAAUAGUUUUCUUUUGCAGUGGGCCAAGCAACCAAAAACUUCUACUAACAAGGAACCUACAAUCAAUAGAUUGGUCCCUAAAGAAAUCAAUGUUAAAAAUGAUACUCAAAAUAAUAUUCAAGAAAUUGAUCUUACUUCUGAAGAAGUUACUAAAAAGGAAGAUAAACCUGAAGUAAAUAUUUUAAUUCCAAGAAAAAGUAAAAAGCCUGAAGAAAAUAUCAAAGUAAAUGUUUUAAUGCCUAGAAAAGCUAAAAAGUCAGAAGUAAAUUCAAAAGUUAAUAUUUUAGUUCCCAGAAAAAAAGAAGAACCACCUAAAGUUAAUAUAUUAAUACCAAGAAGGAAAGCGAUUACGGAGGAAAGUGUGGAAAACCCGAAAGAAGAAACAACAGCACAAAAAGAGGAAACAAAUGUAAAUGUCUUGACGCCUAAAAAAAUACAAAAACCCAAUGAAAUUAUAGCGCAUUCACCAAGUAGUAGAAAUAAAAUAAAUGUGUUAACGCCAAGAAAAACUAAAAGAACUAACAGUGAUACGAGUAUAGGUACACCUAAAAAAGAUUUUUACAUCCCCAAGACUAAUGAAACCCCCAAAAAAGUAGUUAUAGAUAAAGUGGAAAUAAAUGAGUCUACCCCUGACGGAAAAGAGGUUCAAAUAAAGGAAUCAACGCCCAAAAAAAUCAAACCUAAUAAUAGUUUAGAUAAAAGUAAAGUAAAUUUAUCGAAAAUAGAAGAAAUAUCUGACUCUCCUAGAAAAACUUUAAUGACCAAAAUACAGGAUAAAGAAGAAACCCCAAGAUCUGAAGAAAAAAAUAAGGAUCCAAAACUUAAUAUAACUACAAAACGAAUAACUCCAUUAAAAAAAACUGAGUCUGGUCAAAAAAAUAAAAUUAAGAAAACACCUAAAAGUAAUGGAUCAUCUUUACUUCAAAAAUGGGUUAAAUCUCCUAGCAUAAAGAAAAAAGAAGAAACUAAAGAAAAAGAAGUUGACAGUGAUGUUGAGAUAGUAAGUGAAGAGAAAAUUAGUGUUGAAGCAAAAAAAGUGUUAUUGUCAAAAAGGAAAUCAAAGAAUGAAGAAAACAAUAAAAUUAAAAAAGUUAAAACUUAAAAUUAAGUCGCAAUAUUAAAGUAGAGUUUGUAGAUAUUUUCGUAAUGACAUAUUUUUAUAAUUUGAGUUGGUGUUGAUCACUUUUAACUUAAAUUUUGGCUAAUUUUGACAAAGGAUGUCAUUGGCUUUAGUUUACGACUAGAUAAUUAAGUACAAAAGUCGCAUUUUUCUUACUGCUUUUACAUAGGUAUUUUAAAAAUAUAAAUUUAAGCUUUUAAUUUUUUAUUUAUAAAAUUGACUGGCUUUGUUACAAGCAUAAAUUAUAAGUUAGUAUGUAUUGUUAACUGUGAUGUAAAUAAACAUAUUUAUAGUC